GAGAGAGAGAGAGAGAGAGUCAACAUGAUGAAAUUAUUGUCAACACUUCAUCUUCUAUUCCUUCUUCUUCCUCCUCUUCUCUUCCUCCUCCUCUUCCUCCUCCUUCUUCCUCCUCCCGCCAGCGCCAACCACCACCACCACCACCACCACCACCACAACAACAACAACAAUCAAACGACGGACACAACACGUUACCUGGAGGAUGGACAGGUGAGAAAGAAGAGGCAGGUGUCACAGGAAGGACCUCAAAGCUUCCUACCUCAGAAUUAUGACAAGUUUGUUCUCCCAAGCCCGCCUGAAGGAGGCGUGCUUCCUGUGUCGUUCAGUAUUAAAGUGAGAGACUUGCACAGCGUGGAUGAGGAAAAUAUGGACUUCACGCUGGAGUGGUACUUAAGGAUCUACUGGAAGGACUACAGAGUGAACCCGCCCAAUCCCGCCCAAAUUUCCGCCAAGAUGAACGAUUCCUUCCCCUGGUUCAACGUGGAUCCCGCCCACACCGCCCACCUCUGGCUGCCCACGGCUUACAUUGAUCACGCGAAGGCCAUCAAUGUGCCGACCUUUCUAGUACGACCUCACUCCCUCAGGGUCACCGAGGACAAGCUACUUCGCUACUCCUUGGCUCUCAUCACAACUGUUUCCUGCACCAUGGACUUCACCGCCUUCCCUUUGGACGAACAGACGUGCUAUAUGAGGCUGAUGAGCUACCAGUACCGGAGCUUCGAGGUGGAGUACAAAUGGGGAGAGAGAGCAGUCGAGACAAGCCCAAGUCUCGCCACUGACCAGUUCACAGUGUCAUUCGAAGCUGAUCAUUCUGCGCGAGGCUUUUACCGCGACGCCAACAAUACUCAAGGCACCUUCCCCUUGGUACAGAUGCAGGUGGUGUUGUCCCGCAAGCUCAGUUACUACCUCCUCAACAUCUACCUCCCCUCGGCCCUGGUGGUGGGGGUCUCCUGGCUCACCUAUCUAGUGCCGCCCCGCCUCGUGCCCGGCAGAAUGGUGCUCACUAUCACCUCACUUCUCACCCUCGUCUCCAUGUUUAAUGCUGCCAAGGCGGAAAGUCCAAAGGUGUCGUAUGCAAAAGCCAUUGACGUCUGGAUGUUAUGUUGUAUUACCCUCAACUUUGCCGUCUUGGUUGAAUACACCGUGGUCACCCGCCUCAUCCACCUCGCCAAGGUCACGCCAAGGUCAAAGGUCAAAAUUCAGCCCAAGGUCACCACGUCCACAAGUCAAUCGGGUCAGAAUUUGCGUCACUUGUCCGCGUCAUCGUCAUCUUCAUCGUCACCUGCUUCGUCUUCGUCAGGUGUUGGUGAUGAAGUAUCGACGAGAAGUACCGGGAAUUGUAAGACAGAGGAGGCAGCAGGGCCCAAGUGGACUGAGGUAUGGGAAGGCAGACUGGAAACUUACACUCCAAUAUUCCUUCCCAUUGUGUUCCUCCUCUUCAAUAUUGCCUACUGGCCUUAUUUCCUCUCAAAACGCACCUAUAAAGCUACGUGAGUCUGUGGGGAGCCUCUUGUGUUGUGUUGUGGGUGAUGGUAACAUUUUCUAUGAGUGUUUAAAUGUUUUUGUGUAUUGUACCUCUAGUGUUAUGAUUUGGAAAGAUGUGAGAAAAAAUUGGGUUAACUAUAGAAUGUUCUCAAAAUGUGCUUUCUCUUUUCUUCUCAAUGUUUUCUUUGCAUGUUGUCUAAUUUGGAAAGCAGUAAAGAAAUGGUUCGUCUUUGGGAAAUCUCAUUGCAAAUUAUUUAUGUAUACAUUUGUUUCUUGCAUGUGCUUUCUCAUUUUCCUAAUAAUGUUUUCCUUUUACAAACUAUCAAAAAUUUUUCCACACCAGUUCUUUUCCCUUGCCAAUCCUUCUCUUCUUUAUCAAACAUGACAUCAGUUUCUUCACAAAUGCUUUUGCUCUUUUCUUUCUUUUUUACAAGCAAUCUUGACUACUCAUAAACUUAAAUUUCUUACAAACAAAUCUUUCUCUUUUGAUGCUAUGCUCACCACAAGUCACUUCUACAUUACAAAUCUUUCAAAUGCAUCUACUAUACUACCAAAAGACUGUAGUAUUAACCUGUAAUCAUGUAUUAUACUUCUAUUUUCAUGAGAAUCUAUCAAAUCCUGGCAUUUCUAUCAUGUGCAAGGAUUUCGUUCUAACAUGUUUCACUGCUGUCUAUUGUAAAGUGUUAAUAUGUAGGUACUUUCUAUUUCAUAUUUUGCAAUGCUUUAGUUUCGAGGAGCUUCACUUGUCUAUACUGUAAUGUCAGUGUAAUGUUCACCUAUGUAUUUCAUUAUUCUUCCUUUACUGUGUCUAUUGAAUGAGUGUAAGUAUUAUUAAAGCAACUAUUUCAGAAUACAUAUUAACUGCUGUGCUUCUUCUAUGUGUAGUGUUAAGAGUCCGAGUAUUCUUAAAGGUGCCUGAAGCGAACAUAACAAACUUCUACAUACAUACACAGGGAGUAUUAAGGUGUGGUGUAUUAGCACGAACUAUUAAAAGGUGACGUGGAAGGUAGGAGUACACAUCCAGGUUAUUUCCAGACUAAGAUGCACAAGUUUCGCAAAGUUUAUAAAGUUACAAGUGACGAGUUUUUCCCCUCCAUCUGUCACAACCAACACAGGUGUUAAAUUAACCGCAACACCUGAACCUUCCAAAACAAUUUCCCCCUUGUCAUUAUCAACAAAGGUGACAAAGGUGCUUCCAAAUAUACAACACCUGAAACUUCCAAAAACAAUUAAUUUCUCACCUGUAAUAAUAAAACAGGUGUUAAAUUAACCCCACAACACCUGAACCUUCCAAAACAGUUUCUCACCUGUGACAAUCAACAAAGGUAACAAAGAUGAUGCCAAUUACAACACCUGAAUCUUCCUACUAUUACUUUCUCCCCUGCCACUAUCAAUACAGGUGCUAAAUUAAUCACAAAACACCUGAACUUUCCAAAACAGUUUCUCACCAGUCAUUAUCAAGAAAAGAGACAAAGGUGAUGCCAAUUAUAACACCUGAAUCUUCCUAAACUGUUAAUUUCUCACCUGCCACUAUCAAUACAAGUAAAACAGGUGCAGUCUUAACCAUGCUCUAACUUCACCUGUCCACAGAAAUACAGGUAAGUGAAAGGUCCAAUCUUGCAUACACCUGAUGAACCUCCCACAACAAAUCAUCCUCACCUGUUUACAGAAAUACAGGUAAACAAGGUGUAAAUACAAGGAUGCAUUGCUAUACAUAAUUACAUAUACAGAUACAUCAUUUAACUUAGUGGGUAAAGAAUACAGGAGUCACACAGCCACAGAGGAGUGUGGAACAUGUGGAACUGAGUCUUAAAUCAUUAGUUAGGUAGACAGAUGGAGGCGAGUGUGUAGCCCGCCUCCUUGCCACUAGAAUGGGUAACCUGGUAACUACAGUGUACGUAUACAAGCAAAUGUAGGUAUAACAGUGCACGGGUCAACCUUCUUUGAUGAAUGUGCUUGAUUGACAUAAGAUAGAUAUAUGUUUUUUUUUUUUUUUUUUUUUUUUUAGUUAAAGUUUAGAAAUUUAUUUGAACAGCAGAAACUUAAAAGAAACUAUCAAAAAUAUAUAUGUGAAGUUAGUUUAAAUGAUAAACAUAUACAUUUAUGAUGAAAAUCUUUGAAAGCGCUAGAAAAUAUUAAAAAAACACAGCAAAUAAAGCAAAAAUGCUGAAUUUAUAUCAAAAUUAAAAAGUAAAAAAAAUAAAUAAUAAUAACAAUAAUAAAACAAAAUACUGUGAAAUACUGAAAAAAAGGAACAUCUAAAUCUAGAGUUAACUGAACCUGACAAAUUAGCAAUCAACAAACAGGUCUCAAUGAACACAAACCAUUCAGAAGUCCAAAACAAAUCUUGAGGAACAAAAAUCAAUACAUAAUCCAAAUAUCUCAGACAACACAAACCAUUCAUGAAUAGAAAAAAAGGUCUAAGUGAACAUAAACCAUUCAGAAAUCCAAAAAAAUCUCAAUCCAAAAAACAAAUCUCAACACAAAACCAUUCAUAACCUCAAACACCAAAAAACAUCCAUAACUUCAGAAACAUUUUAAGUAACACAAACCCAAAACAAGCCUCAUGUAACAAAACAUUCAUAUUUCCAGAAACGUCUCAAGGAACACAAAAAUAAAAAAACGAGACUCAGACAGCACAAACCAUUCAUAAAUAAGAAAAAAAAAAAUCAAUAAACACAAAUCCAGGAAAUCUUAAGGAAAAACAAAUCAAAACAAGACUCGUAUAAAACAAGCCAACACAAAUCCAGAAAAUCUCAAGGGAAGAAAAAUCAAAACAAGACUCGUAUAACACAAACCAACACAAAUCCAGAAAAUCUCAAGGAAAACAAAUCAAAACAAGACUCGUAUAAUAAAACAAGCCAUUCACAAAUCCAGCUUAACCCGCACUAACGCCAACACACAAAGGCAGAGAAGUGAGAGGCCACCAGAGCAUGACCUAAACUUAGUCGAGCAUCAACUCACUCAACAGCAGAGGAAGAGAAAGAUGCAAAACUGUGGCUGUCAACAAACUAAUGGGAGACUGAAGCAUACAGGGCCAUACUCACAACACUGCUGCUGCUAAACUAUUGCUAUACUGUAUGGAUUGUGUGAAGUAAAGACAUCUAAGUGCAUAGUAGACGUGAUAUGGUAACGAUCCGCUGUUCCGUCACGUUCAUGAGUCUUGUGUUGUUUAGGAUAGUGAUGACAGUGAUGGCUAUUGUUACAUCAUGUGGGUCUUGUGAGUGUUUGUGUUUCUAUGUGUUUUUUCUUAUUUCAAGUGUUUUUUCUUUCUCUCAUUUCCUAUUGUUGUGUUAAAUAUCCUACCUGCUCUUAAUGAAAUGACUCAACACCUCUUUCAAAUAAACAUACAAGCUUGAUA